UUUAAAAAGGAAAAAGAAAAAGGGGAAACCUCCACGCAAGUCCCCAGCACACCUCUCCGGACAAUCGAGAGCGCUUCUCUGGCCUCGAUCCUCCGUUCUCCGUUCUCCGUUCUCCGUUCUCCGUCUCCGCCUUCUUCUUCUUCUCACUUCACAAUUCACAUUUCAUUAGGGUUUCAAUUUCACUCCUCUCCCUCGUCGGCGACGCCUUCAAUUCCCGGAAUCACUCACCCAUUCAGGCUUGAGUUUGUGAAAAUCUUGAGAGGUCCACUGUUAAGAGUGAUCUGAUGCUCCCACUUCCCCCUAACUGAUUUCAGGUUCAAUUUGUGAAUGGCCAUGAAAAAGAUGCAAAGCAACUCUGAUUCUAGGCGUUCUAGGGGAAACUCAUAUGUGUUGCCAUCUAGUCCAUUGAAAGUUGCUAAAAAUGUUUUCCUCAAGAAGAGAAACUGCAAAGGGUCAGAGAAAAAAGAGUGGGAGGAUGCUACCUGCUCGGUCUGUAUGGAGUACCCUCACAAUGCCGUGCUUCUUCUUUGUUCAUCAUAUGAUAAGGGUUGCCGGCCUUAUAUGUGUGCAACUGGUCGUCGAUAUUCCAAUUGUCUUGAUCAAUAUAAGAAAGCCUACACAAAAGUAACAUCAACUCAAAGUUCAGAACAAUUGAAUAUGCCGGUGGAAAGUUUAAGCUUGAAUUUGGAUGCAGGGCAGCCAAGUGAAAAGGUUGAUGUGCCAGAGCUGUUGUGUCCCCUUUGUAGGGGACAGGUUAAAGGAUGGACAGUGGUGGAACCAGCACGGAAGUAUCUUAAUUCUAAGAAGAGAAGCUGCAUGCAGGAUAAUUGCUCAUUUAUUGGAUGUUACAAGGAGCUGAAGAAGCACGUUAAGGCAAAGCAUCCAUUAGCUCGACCACGAGAAGUGGACCCUGUGCGUGAAGAAAAGUGGAAGAGAUUUGAGCACGAGAGGGAGCGAAGUGAUGUGAUUAGCACGAUCAUAUCAUCCAUCCCUGGAGCUAUUGUUCUGGGGGAUUACGUGUUGGAACCAAACCGAAGUGGUUUUUACAGUGAGUACGAUUCUGAUAUGGAUGAGAAUUUGGAUGAUGAUUCUUUCUUUUCCAUGGAUGCAUUUGGUUUUGGACGGGACAGUGGUCUGUUUUCUCGUAAUUCAUACCGUAGGGGAGAUGAGAUUGAUUUCGGGAUGCACCGUGCUGCUGCAGGUCUGGGAUCUACUGCUACUGGUGGACCAGGACGUGGUUUCCGUAGAAUUAUAUUUGGGAGGUCGAGGCGGCCAAGACAGAGGGGAGGACUUAACAGAAUUCCAUAAUUAUUAUACAGAAAAGAGGAGGAACAAGUGGGAGUUAGGGGGCGUAAGCUUUUAUUGAGAUAGGGCAUGUAUAUUCCUUAAAACUUCUCUUGUAAUGGAGGUCUGUCGGCAUUAUUCGUCGGUUAGAAGUCAUACACACCCACUCUGUUCAUGGUGCAUAAGUCCUGAAUCAUUUCUAGCUUUUUUUCUUUUUUUCUUUUUUUCUUUUUUUUUUUUAAACAAAAAUUUAAAUUUUAAUGGUCAAAGAAUUUGUUUGAACAGCCAGCAUUGGGUGUUUUUCUCCGCUGGCGUUGGAGUGGGGAAUAGGCAUUGUUGGCAUUGUUAGGAUCCGUCGGUGUUUAGCUUGGAAGGCAAAGGAGGUACAGCAGCGGAGCUCCCCCUGAGCUCCCUUUUGAUUUGUUGUCAGUUUUCUUUUGAUUGACUGACUAAACAGAACACACGACAAUGGAACAAAUGGUUUUGUUUCUUCUGUUC